ACGCAUACACUUGGCCAUACUGGGGGCAAUAAAAGUCGCAACCAUCAUACACUAGACAUAUUGGGACGUGGUGCCGACAUUUAUGAAUUAGAUAGAUAGUGUAAAAACUCUUGUUUACAUUAAACGUUGUUAUAAAGAUAUGAAACUUAUGCGUUUAAGGCACGCUAAACUGAUUGUCCUUUUAAUAGUCGUUGCUAAUUUAAUAUUAUUCUAUUACUCAUGGAAAUCAACGCUAUGGAAGAGCAUUGCCUCCACUUUGGAGGCUUUGCCCAAUCUAAAGACGAGUGAUUUUGUGAACUCUCCCUCCGAUAUGGAAAACGUGAAAUCUUCUUUAAAAGAUAAAACUCGCAAUAGUUUUAAACAUAUACGUAAAUCGAUUACAAUUGCUUUUCGAAAUUUUUACACUUUUGAGAAUGAUAUUAAGGAAUCGAUUGAUAGUAUUCUUGAUGUCUUACCCAAUAUGCCGAUAGUUGUAUUCCAGGACAAUAUACCCUAUCCGCCAAUAAUUUAUGAACGUAAUGCAACCGCAUCCAAAAUGGAAGAGUUUAACGUGCGCUUUGUAAAUUUGGGAUUUGAUAUAAAGAAACCAGUUCAGGAAUUGAAUCCAUUAUCACUUAUUCACACGAAAUAUGUUCUAUUUAUGCCUGAUAGCGUGCGUUUGAAUAGUAGAAAUAUAUUGCAAAAAAUUCUCCGUGAGAUCAAUACGAAUAUUUGGGAAAAGGAUUCACGUGGAAGUAAAACUAAACUUAAUGCUUUGCCGGACGACAUUGUACGAAGAAUGAUAAUUGUACCGUUUUCCGGGAAUCUCAAAUCAUUUGCUGGUUGCCUGCAAAUUACUUUGGAUUUACCAAAUUGGACCAUACAUUAUGAGGCCGUUAACAGUAGCAGUGACAAAUGCGAUCUGUAUUUACAGAAACAUGCUAUCCUGGUCGAUGUGGGCGUCCUGAAAGAAAUGCCUGACCCUAUCUCAUCACCUUUUCCAGAAAUGUUUUAUAUACAAGCGAAAUUGAAUAAUAUAACGAAAUUUGUAUUUCCGCAAGCAUUUCAAGACGGCCGACGUCUUUUUGUUGCCUACCAUACGAAACAACGCCGCCUAGAUAUGCGUAGGCGCCAGUUCCGUGACAUGUACAAAAAGCUACAAAUUAAACGGAUUAUUCGUCGUUCUCAUAGAGUUAACCUGAAAACGGAGUCGAAGGACGCAAGCAGUCCCCAGCGCAAUAUCAUUCUCGAUUCACAAUUCUCUUCGGCCAAUUUCUCUAUGCCUUUAGUAACUGAAAUCGAUUUAAUUGGUUGUGAGAGAACAACGAAAUCGUGUGUCGGUACCGUCUACAACCAACGUGCAUUCUACAUUUUCUUAGGUAAACACACCCCACCAUGUUGUUUGGAUAAAUUGAAGAGCACUUUUAAUCAUAUUCUUGAAGAAUUUGAAAAUGUUGGCAUUCGCUAUUGGCUCGAUAACAUGGCCUUAAGAACCGCCAUUGAAACGAGUCAAUUAUCUCCGGAUGCUUAUGAUAUUGAUGUCAGUUUCAAUGUUGCCGAUUUGGAGCGUUCGAAUGCAAUGAAAAAAUCACAAAACAAACCUUUUGUCGAUAAUGAAGGUUUCUAUUGGAUCAAAGCUACUGAUGGCUACUAUUUUCGAGUUCAAUUCUCCAAAAUUAAUCAAAUUGGUGUUAAUUUAUUACCCUUCGAAAUUAGCGGCAAUGAGGUAAAAGCGAACGGUUUUUUUGGCUGGAAAGCGAAGCCUUUCUCAGCCGACUUCUUGCAUCCUAUGUCCACCGUUUUAUUUUUGGGAAAAAAUAUUAUGUGUCCCAACAAUGUACGUGAAUAUUUAGAAUUUAAGAACCUUCGUUAGCUUUGCAUGAGUAAAGAUUUUCGAAAACUAAAGUUAGAUUCAUAAUUGAUAUAUUUUCUUUUUUUGCUUCGACGGUGUGAUAAUAUGAUUCAGAAAUCGAUAAGAUUAGAAUAUUCAUAGUCGACAUCGAAAUUCUAGUGGAUUUAACAAUGCUUGUCCGCCUCUUCACAUCGCGUUAUUUAUCAUUUUAAUUGGUUCGGAAUCAGGAAUACGGUCAAACUUUUUUCAGAAAGUCUGAUCUUAAAAAUUUGAACAACGGAUAUGUUCAAAGUGUAUAGAAACGCCCUGUAAAAACAAAGUCUCCAAUAAAAUCCAACUGCUUAAGUUCGAGAACGAAUCUCUUGCCGUUUACAAAAAAUCGAACGCUACUCUUGAAGAUAAGAUUGUAAAACACAAACGGUAAAAUUUGUCCCAUAUAGGAAAUCAAUCGCGAUAUUAUCUUAUUAUGAAAUCUUGUUCCCGAGAUCUUCAAUGAAAAGGAGGACCACGAAAAUAUCAAGCAAGUGAAAAAAUAGAAAAUUUCACUUAAAUUAAUAAAAUUCAAGUGGAAUUAAAUUUGCGGACAAGAUGGUUAAGCUCGCUCUUUUAGUUUUAUUAAUGAGCUGUUAAUACCUAUUCGGACCACGUUAAGUGUCUUAGCAAAAAUAUUUAUCGAAUUAAAGUUAGGCAGAAGAAACCAUUCUUUGGUUUAAAAAUCUUUACAAAAUGGAGUUGAUUAAAGCUAAGUUACUUUAAUAUAAUAAUCCAUUAACUUUAUAACACCUCGCAUUCUUGACAUAUAAUUCUUGAAAUACAUAACUUAAAUACAAAUGCAUGGCUCUGCCUAAG